UUAACAAAAUUCCUAGUUGGGAUAAUAAAUAAUAAACAGUGAAAAUGAUGAUGCAGCAAAGGAAGUACUCAAGGAAGAGGAAGAGAAAGACUACUGUUGUUAAGCCUAUUGUCAUUGGCAAUAUAUCCUUUUAUAGACAGAAGAAGGUAGAGGGCAAAGAGGACUAUGCAUGGUGAUGUUAUGUCAGGAAUGCGGAGAAGGAUAAAGAUGGGAAGAUUCAGCCUCUUCAUCAAUUCGUGAGGAAGGUAGUCUUUACACUACACGAAAGUUUUGACAAUAACGUCAUUGAGAUCGAAAAACCACCCUUUAGCAUCGUCAGAAAUGGCUGGGGAGAAUUUGAUGUCAACAUAACAAUUCAUUUUCAGGAUAAUAGUGAAGAACCUGUAACUAAGAUCCAUGGUAUCAGGAUCUUCCAUCUGCACCAGAACCAGAAGGCGACAAUUAAGAAGCCUGUGGUCAAUGAGAAUUACGAUGAAAUAGUGUUUAACGAGCCAACUGAAUUCUUCUAUCAUAUGCUGACUGAUGACCCUGAAGAAACUUUUAAAUCUCAGUUUAUUAAUCCUUUCCCUGGCCAGAUUGACAAGGCUGAGGAAUCUAAGGAAGCAGAGGCUAAACCCAAAGAGAUUGAUCCCACCACAGACAAAGAUAUGGAUGCAGAUAAACCAGCAGAAGAUGUAGAAAUGAAACCUGAGGACUCUACUGAGAAGAAAGAUGAUGGAGAAGAAAAUAUUGGAGAAGAAGAAAACAAAGAAACAGGAGAUUUCAUUGUUGAAAACUCUACCUACGAAGUCAAGGUCGGGGCGAAUGAUGAGCAUAUUAUCGAUGUGACCCAAUUCUUUGAAGAUCACAAUGACAAAGCUGAUAUCAAAUUCCUCACUGAUUGACUCAAAUCUCUAAGAGAAGAAACAAUGUAUCUAAGAAAAGAAACUGAAGAAUGUGAAAAGACAAUAUCAGAUAAAAAGGAGAAGUUAAGACAGUAUGAUCAAUAAAACACAACUA